AUGCCUGUACCUCAGGCUGGCCAAGUCUUGAUUAAGAUUCUGGGAUUUGGUAUCAACCGAGCUGAGAUGUUCACACGGCAGGGUCAUUCACCGGGUGUGUCGUUCCCUCGAAUCAUAGGCAUCGAAUGCAUCGGGACCAUCGCCGCUCACCACAAUUCCCUCCCCAAAGACGGCACUCUCAAGAUCGGUACCCGUGUAGCGACAUGCAUGGGAGGUCUCGGCCGUCAGAUUCCCGGAUCGUACGCAGAAUACGUAUGCGUUCCCAUCGAAAACGUUCGCAGCAUACCUCAAACCAACUUGCCGGUAGCCACGCUGGCGUCUCUGCCAGAAAUGAUCCAAACGACGUACGGUUCUCUCACAUCAGGUCUCGACAUUCAGCCUAGUGAUCGUCUGCUUGUACGAGGCGGAACAAGUUCGAUCGGCAUCUGCGCGGUUCAGAUGGCGCGUUAUUUGGGGGCGUCUUUCGUUGCCGCUACGACGAGGAAUAGCAGUCGGGUCAAGAUGCUCAGAGAUCAUGGCGCGGACGAGGUCUACGUAGACAACGGAGACAUUGCAUCCGAGAUGUCAGCGAAAAAUGCCGAAGGGUUCGAUAAAGUCCUCGAGCUUGUUGGUACAACGACUCUGCGCGACAGUCUGCGAUGUACGAAAGAGAAGGGCACCGUGUGUAUGACCGGCAUUCAGGGAGGUGAAUGGGAGCUGGCCCAAUUCUCGCCCUUUGAGGAUUUGCCCAAUCGAGUUCGGCUGUCCGUAUACGCAGGAGGCCCUGAGGACUUCAGACGGUGUCCCUGGGAGCAGCUCGUCAAGGCUGUUGAGAAGGGUGAGAUCAAGGUUCCGGCGAGGGCGUUUAGACUCGAUGAGAUUCAGACGGUCCAUGAGAUAUUGGAAAGUGGCGGAGGAGGCGAGAAGCUAGUCGUCGUUGUUGCUGAAGACUAG